CCUUUCUCAUCAACCUUGGCUUUGGCGCUCAAUUUCAACUUUGAAAACUCCAAUUCACUUCUCACUCGUUUUCUUUUCCUUUCUUUUCUUUUGCUUCUUUUUACAACACCAAAAGCGAUUGUUUUGGAGACAUACUGGAUAACACUGCAAAACAAAAGUCUUACUGUAUUUCUUUAUUGUCACUUUGUUUUUAGAAAGAACAAGAUAUGGCGGCAAACGGAACCGGAUUGCCAAUGGCAAGGAAGCCGUUGGCGAAGAUUGUUACGGAUGAUAAGCAGGGAAACGGGAUGUGUCACGAUGAUAGUGCAAAAGGCGUUAAGGCUCACACUAUUGAUGAGCUUCACUUUUUGCAAAAGAAGAGAUCUGCGCCAACUACGCCUCUCGAAGGGAACCAGGGUGCCUUCGCUAGCUUGCCCGACGACGAGCGCCGCAGGCAGCAGCUUCAGUCCAUCAGUGCAUCUUUGGCGUCGCUGACGAGAGGGACAGGCCCCAAGGUGGUAAGGGGAGAUCCAGCAGCGAAGAGUAGUCAAGCGGUGGAGCAUGUGGCGCACCACCACCACCACCACGUGGAAGCACCCGCCAUCAGCGUCAGUGACGACAGUUCUUUGAAAUUCACCCAUGUUUUAUACAACCUCUCCCCUGCAGAGUUGUACGAGCAGGCUGUAAAGUAUGAGAAAGGGUCUUUUAUUACGUCGUCAGGUGCAUUAGCCACCUUGUCAGGAGCCAAGACGGGGCGGUCUCCGAGAGAUAAGAGGGUUGUUAUGGAUGACACCACCCAAAAUGAGCUUUGGUGGGGAAGGGGCUCACCCAACAUUGAGAUGGACGAGCAUACCUUUCUUGUUAACAGGGAAAGAGCUGUUGAUUACUUGAAUUCCCUCGACAAGGUUUUUGUGAAUGAUCAAUUCCUAAACUGGGAUCCACAGAACAGAAUUAAAGUACGGAUUGUCUCUGCUAGAGCUUAUCAUUCAUUGUUCAUGCACAACAUGUGUAUCCGACCCACUGAUGAAGAGCUGGAGAAUUUCGGUACUCCGGACUUCACCAUAUACAACGCCGGACAGUUCCCUUGUAAUCGUUAUACACACUACAUGACAUCUUCCACUAGCAUAGACCUUAAUCUUGCUAGGAAGGAAAUGGUCAUCCUUGGCACUCAAUACGCCGGGGAGAUGAAGAAGGGUCUUUUCAGUGUCAUGCAUUAUCUCAUGCCUAAGCGUCAAAUCCUCUCCUUGCAUUCUGGCUGCAAUAUGGGAAUAGAUGGAGAUGUUGCCCUCUUCUUCGGACUGUCAGGUACUGGCAAGACUACGCUGUCUACUGAUCACAACCGGUAUCUGAUCGGAGAUGAUGAGCACUGUUGGAGUGACUAUGGCGUGUCAAACAUUGAAGGAGGUUGCUAUGCCAAGUGCAUUGAUCUUUCCAGGGAGAAGGAGCCUGAUAUCUGGAACGCCAUUAAGUUUGGCACUGUUUUGGAAAAUGUAGUGUUUGAUGAACAUAUAAGAGAGGUUGAGUACGGGGAUAAAUCGGUUACAGAGAACACUCGAGCUGCAUAUCCUAUCGAAUACAUUCCCAAUGCCAAGUUACCGUGCAUUGGACCACACCCAAAGAAUGUCAUCCUUUUGGCAUGCGAUGCCUUCGGUGUCCUUCCGCCUGUGAGCAAGCUGAACCUGGCACAAACCAUGUACCAUUUCAUUAGUGGCUACACCGCUCUGGUGGCUGGCACAGAAGAUGGUAUUAAGGAGCCGACAGCUACAUUCUCAGCUUGCUUUGGGGCAGCAUUUAUCAUGUUGCAUCCUACAAAGUAUGCAGCCAUGCUUGCUGAGAAAAUGCAAAAGCAUGGAGCAACAGGAUGGCUUGUCAACACCGGCUGGUCUGGUGGAAGCUAUGGCUCUGGAAACCGUAUCAAAUUAGCCUACACCCGAAAAAUCAUCGAUGCUAUUCACUCCGGUAGCCUCUUGAAUGCAACUUAUGAGAAAACCGAUGUGUUCGGGCUAGAGAUCCCCACUGAGAUCGAGGGAGUGCCUUCGGAAAUCCUGCGUCCAGAGAACACUUGGGGUGACAAGAAGGCAUACAAAAGCACAUUGUUGAAAUUAGGUGGUCUGUUCAAGAACAACUUUGAGACCUUCACAAAUUACAAGAUUGGCAAGGACACCAAGCUGACUCAAGAGAUCUUAGCAGCCGGUCCAAACUUUUAAUUCAAGAACCAAUAACGUUGCGAAUAAACUGAUGGAAAGUGACACAAAUAAGGGUUUUUGUUUGCAAUAUUAAAUGUAGUCCUGAGUUUAAUUCUUAUGUAAAAUGGUUUCUUUACAUGUGGAACUAAAAAGCUUGAAUAUAAGUCACAUCUUAAUAAUAAUAAUUCAAUUUACUAUGAUAUUUAUAAUUAAA